CAAAAUUUGUGUUCAAUAUGGCGGAAAGAGGCGGCUCUUCGCUUUCAGGAAAUUCAAGUUCCUCUGGGUCUUCAAGUCGAAUUGACAGUGUUCAAGUAGAUGGAUUGGUUGUGUUGAAAAUAAUCAAACAUUGUCAAGAUGAAAGAUCAGCUGGAGAGGUGGUACAAGGAGUGUUACUUGGAUUAAUUCAGAAUAACAAACUUGAGAUCACAAACUGCUUCCCCUUCCCGUCAUCAAGAGCUGGAGAUGACGAUGAUGAAGAUGAUGUCAAUUAUCAGAUGGAGAUGAUGCGUCGCUUACGAGCUGUUAACGUUGAUCACUUGCACGUGGGGUGGUAUCAGUCAACUUACCUUGGGUCAUUUGUGAACAAAACAUUACUUGACUCGCAGUUCAGUUACCAGAGUGCAAUUGAGGAAUCUGUUGUGCUUAUUUAUGAUCCAUUGAAAACCUCUCAAGGAAUGCUGUCUCUCAAGGUAUUCCGUUUGUCUGAUAAAAUGAUGACAAUGUACAAGGAUGCAGAAUUCAGUGCUGAAAGGCUUGCAAAAAGUGGUCUAAGUUUUGAGGCCAUGUUUGAGGAGAUUCCGCUUGUGAUAAGGAAUUCGUCUCUCAUCAAUGCUCUGCUCUGUGAAGUUGAAGUGUUAUCACCUCACACACAAACAAAUGAUUUCCUCAGUCUCUCAACUGGGUAAGACCUGACUUUCCUUAGUAUUGGAGUAUUGGGCAAAUGUCCCUAAUCAUAAUCAUUCGAAUAUUUUCGCUCACACGCAAUUGAUCUAAACAUGUCGUGUUACUGAAAAUUCCCCAG